UCUUUUUUUUUUCUUUCUUUCCUCGCGCAGUUUAUCGAAAGCCGCAUUUAACAAUCCUGUUGGUAUCAAACUGAACCAUACUUACGAAUUUUUCUUGAGAGAAUGCGAAGAUUCUUGAGGUGAAUGCGAAAUACGAAUUAGGCGGUGUCUAGUUUUUGGAGAAUUCAACGUUCUUGUAUUGGGAAUCACUGCGACGACGGGUCUCACCGGGCGAUGUUCAAGGGGAUCGGUGAAACGGAGAGCCGCAGGAAGCUGAAACGGGCCCGACAUCGUUAGACGCAUCUAAAUCGGGUCACCUCUCGGUUACAUCGUCGUCGUGAUCGGCUGCCACAGCCGCGGGAUUUCAUUCGAUAAUUCAAUUAAUUCAAUUAGACGAGACACGCCGUUUUUCCGGCAUUGUUGCCGCAUUUUGGAACGCGGACAAACCUCCGCCGAGUAAUUGAAUUACCAUUAUUGUUUAAUUGAAUCAUCCACGGUGCGACGGUGAUCUCUCUCUCUCGUGUCGUUCACGCCGAGGAGUCAAUGCACGUCGACUGAAUUCGGAAUAUGAGAUGGCCAAGCUUCUAGCAAACUUAACAAUUUAUCUGUGCCUACUAUUCAGCUUUAUCAAGGCUAAUGAGAAUGAUGAUAGGAAUGUUCAGGAUACAACACCAACGAAGGUAGUUUACAAGACACCGGAAAUCUCGGGUUUCGUGUAUUUGGUCGAGACGUUCGACGACAAGGAGAAAUUCAAAAGGACUUGGGUUCUCUCAGAGGCAAAGAAAGACUCCGUCGAUGAAGACAUAGCGAAAUACGAUGGAAUUUGGUCUAUAGAAAAACCCAAGAAACAUGCUCAAGAGGGAGACUUGGGAUUAGUUCUUAAGAGUAAAGCUAGACAUGCUGCUUUGUCGACUAUGUUAUCUAAGCCAUUUUAUUUUAACGAUAAUCCGUUAAUUGUACAAUAUGAAGUGAAUUUCCAAGAAAGCCAAGAAUGUGGCGGGGCUUAUUUAAAGCUGCUUACUCUGGACCUAGAGCAUCAAGAUUUAAAGAAGUUUCACAAUAAAAGUCCUUACACUAUAAUGUUUGGACCUGAUAAAUGUGGAAACGAUCAUAAGUUGCAUUUUAUCUUUCGACACAAAAACCCUCUAAAUGAUUCUAUAGAAGAGAAACACUGUAAGAAACCUAAAGAGCGUUUGGAAGAUUUCUUCAAAGAUAAGCAGCCUCAUCUAUAUACUCUGAUUAUCCGGCCAAACAAUAGCUUUGAGAUCAAGAUCGACAAUAAGAUAGUGAAUUCUGGAUCUCUAUUGGACGACUUCACUCCACCGGUUAAUCCACCUUUGGAGAUAGAAGAUCCUACUGAUGUUCAACCAGAGGACUGGGAUGAUAAAGAAAAGAUUCCUGAUCUAUCGGCUGUUAAGCCAGAUGAUUGGGAUGAAGAUGCGCCAGCUCAAAUCGUUGACGAAGACGACAUUAUGCCUGAAGGGUGGCUCGAAGACGAACUGCCUAUGAUUCCCAAUCCUGACUCUGUAAAACCCGAGGAUUGGGACGUUGAAAUGGACGGAGACUGGGAACCUCCAGAAAUCCCAAAUCCAAAGUGUGCCGACGCACCUGGAUGUGGACCAUACAAACAAAAAAUGAAAAAGAAUCCUCGAUACAAGGGGAAAUGGACACCACCCAUGAUUAAUAAUCCCAAUUACAAAGGGAAAUGGAAACCAAAAUUAAUACAUAAUCCUAAUUACUUUAACGAUGAACAUCCAUUCCGGAUGAUGCCUAUUUUUGCUGUGGGUUUUGAACUUUGGUCAAUGUCCACGGACAUUCUUUUUGAUAAUAUUCUUGUUGCUGACAAUGAAGAAGUAGUAAGGAAAUGGGCGAAAGAUACGUUCGAAGUACGCCGAGCUCGAAUUGCGGAGGAGAGUGUAACUUUAUGGGGUCGCAUAUUAAAAGCAACGAAUUAUAAACCAGGCUGGUGGGCGUUGUAUUUCAUAUAUUGUGCAGUACCAGUUGUAUUAUACAUUUGGUAUCUAUUGAAGCGAGUUCGCGAGUGGAGUGUAUGGCGUCAAAUUGGCACAUUUACUGCGGAACAUCCCUGGAUAUGGGGUAUAUAUAUAAUAGCUCCUGGCUUCCCCAUAUUGCUAGUAAUAUAUUGUUGCUGCUUUGCCUCCCAGGACAAAUACGAUCUAAAGGACGAAGAUAAACAACCUUUAGAACCAAAUGAACAAACAGCACAGAAACAAGAAGAGACAGAAAAUUCGCUGUCUAGUGCCGAGGCAGAGGAGGAAACUGAAAAGUUGAAUGAAAAUGAAGAAAUAAUAGAAAAUGAAGAAAUAAUAGAAAAUGAAGAAAUAAUAGAAAAUGAAGAAAUAAUAGAACAUGAAGAUAAUGUUAAUAAAUAUUUCUUUUGUACAAUAGAAUGAAAAUAAUUUUGUUGAAACGUUUAUUUUAAUAUUUAAUUUACUUCUAGGAUAACCCAGCAAUAGGUGGUGAUGGACCACGACGAAGAAAACCAAAUAAAGAAUAA